UUAAUAGUAACGUAAAGUAGUUGGUAUCUGCAUUCUUGUAAGAGUGACAGGUAUAAAAAGAGUUAACAUUUUGAAUCAUUUUAUUUGACGAAUUCCAACAAAUUGCCGUAUCCCUUAUGUAUCUUUUUUUUAAGUCUGUCAUUGGAAAUAUUUUCUUAGUAUUGAUCAUCAUUAGAGGGCGAGUCAUUACUAUUAUUUUUGGUUGUCCGUAUGUACACCUAUACGUUAACUUCAAUGGAUGGAGUUUGAAACUCCAAGAUUGGACGACUAUUGGUAUUAGAAAUGUUUAUAAUGGUUAGAACCCAAUUCAGCAAUCUGUUAGAUGUGUUAGAUGUUAAUCGCAGCCUUAUGAAUCAAAGUACCCAUAUUAAAGUUGUACCUAGUUAUGAUAAAUUUGAACAUUUCACGGCACUAACAGACUUUUGGAAGUCAAAAGACUUUUCAUUGGCUUUUCAUAGACUGUAUCUGCACAAAGAUCUCUGCUUACGUCCUCUACUACGUGAUGGAUAUGGAACUAUGGCGUCAUAACGUAUUGUUAGUGUGACACUAUUGAUAAGAAUUUUUAAGCAGUUCCGAUAUGAAUCAGAUGUUAUUUUUAAUUUCAAGAAAUUGAGACUUGACAGUUUAAAAAAAAAUUUAAUACACUGUACUUUCCGAUUAUGUCGAAACUAAAAUCAAAUCGUCACGCGGUGUUAGGGUGAUGGUGUUCUUUAAACGCAAAAAACCUGUUAAUGUGACGUGUGCCUCGACUAUUAGAUACCUUUUAUUCAGUGCCAAGCUUAAAUUAAAUGCUUUGGCAUUCAUUGAUUGCCGAUCGCACGAAAUCUGCAUCCCACUGAGCACAUGCAAGCCUCUUAUGUCCAUGGUAAACCGCAUGCUAAACCCCAGGGCCAUGACGAGCUAUCAGAGAGCCCAAUUUAGAAACACACAUUGCGGCAUUGAUAAUAAUGCUAAAGAGCUCGUGCACAGGGUUUUAGUCUGCUGCCCGAGGAUUCAGAGUUGGGAUCUACCAGAUACAAGCGUCUGCGGGCAGAGUCCUCCUACUUCUUAUAUUGUGGGUGGCGAUGAGGCACGACCGAACGAGUUUCCCUGGACUUCCCUGCUGCUCUACAAAACUGACGUACCCUCGCUUCGGGACAGGCGUCCCCCUAUUUGUGCGGGCUCCUUGAUCACGAACCGCUAUGUCCUGACGGCAGCCCAUUGUUUGGAGGUAAAUAACUUCACUGUCACAGAAGUGCGCCUCGGCGCUCACUAUAUCUCGACAAGUUCUGACAAGCUGGAAAACGAGCAAAAAAAAGGCGCUCCAACGCACCUGGACAUCAAAGUGAGUCUGAGCAUCAAGCACGAACAGUACUACCCGAUCAAUGGAAGGUACCACUACAACGACAUUGCUCUGUUGCGACUCGAAAGUUGGGUAGCAUAUACCACUAACAUCAAACCCAUAUGUAUCAGUCCUGACUUUGAAUUAGCAUACUCCUCCUUUGAAACCCGGUCUUUGAAAAUUGCUGGCUGGGGCAGUUACGGUGGGCCGGGCUACAGCUCAGUAUUGCUGUCCGGCACCAUCAUUGGAAUGAAUAUGGAAAAAUGCUCAAGUCAGUUUCCCAGCCUAGGAAUCCUCGAUAAGGACAUCCAGAUAUGUGCCAUGGGACAGCAUGGCACCGACACCGGACGCGGCGAUUCCGGUGGCCCGCUGAUGCUCUCAGUGGGACGGGACGUUUAUCAAUUUUAUUACCUAGCCGGAAUAACCUCCUACGGAGGGGGUCCGCCGUAUGGAAGUGGACCAGCGAUUUACACAAAGACUUCUUCAUUUUUUCGUUGGAUAACGGAUAAAAUAUACGAGACCGAAAAAUCAGUAGCCACAAUACUAAUUUAA